CCCGGACUCCUGGGUCCUCAGGGGAGAGGCCAGAAGGGAGGGAGCGCUGUGCUCAUCUAGUCUGCCCUGCUGUGGGACACAGGGUCCCAGGGCUGCCCCCAAAGGACAGAGGCGGGCUGGGCCCCCAGUGUGUCCCCGCUGGGGGGCAGAUGCACAGGAAGGGAGCGGAGAGGAAGAGCGAGAUCCGCAGAGAGAGUGAGGAGGGGAGAAGGACCCCCCCACCCAUACACUCCCCCCAGCAAGAGAACCAGACAGCCGGGGGGAUGGCAGCCCCGGCGCCGGUGGGGUUCGAGGAGGUGGCCGUGUAUUUCUCCCGGGAGGAGUGGGGGCUCCUGGACGAAGGGCAGAGGCAGCUCUACAGGGACGUCAUGCAGGAGAAUUACCAGACUCUGAUCUCGCUGGGAUUCCCCGUCCCAGACCCGGCCGUGAUCUCCUGGAUGGAGCCCGGGGAAGAGCCGAGGGUCCCGGAUCUCCAGGGCUCUGAGGAAAGCGAGAUCACCCGCACAGCAGGCGAGAGGCGCUGGAGGCGGAGCCAGGAGAAUCCCAUCCAGGGAAACCUCAAGAGGCUGGAACCUCAGCAGACCUUCCCGGGGAUAGCCCGGAAGUGGGCCAUGCAGAACUCUAGCCCGGGCAGGACUUGGGGGAGCCAGCAGGGGGCCCUUGGUGCUAGAGGGCAGGAGGUGCCCCCGCCUGGCAGAUCUGCUACAUCUGGCCGCCAGGAGCGAGGCUUCGGCCGGCUCCUGGGCAUCCUCUUCGAGCCCUCGGCCGUGGCAAGGCCGCCUCGGCCCAGGGAGCGUGGGAGGGCCCCUGGGCGCAGCAAGGGCUCCGGGAGGCCCUACGGCUGCACCGAGUGCGACAAGAGCUUCCGGCAGAAGCCGCACUUGGUGACUCACCUGCGCACCCACAUGGGCGAGCAGCCCUACCUGUGUGCUGCCUUCGGCCAGAGCUCCAACCUGAUCGAGCACCAGCGCCCCCAUGCCGGCGAGACCCGCUUCCGCUGCCCUGACUGCGGGAAGUGCUUCUGUCUCAGCUCCAGCCUGGCACAGCACCGGUGCCUCCACGCAGGGGAGCGGCCCUACCGCUGCGCCCAGUGCGGGAGGAGCUUCUGUCACAAGCACCAGCUGACCCGGCACCACCAGGGACACGCCGAGGAGGAGACCGGUGCCGUGCUGAGCCUGGGACCCAAGGGGGCCGCCCCGGUGGUAGAGAUCAGGGAUGCACCGUGAGCCGGGGAUGGGACACUGCCAUUCCUGCGUUAGAUAUUGCCUCCGCUUUCUGCUGCAACGCGAUGCUGCAGCUUCUGUAGUGCCAGCGUUGGGCCCUCUGCUGCAGUGGGAGCCUGUGAAGGGUUCCGCAAAGCUCCAGGGACAGUCACUGGCUGGCGUGACAGGGAGCUGAAAGAGCCGAGAGUCGGGAGGGAGCGUUUAUUGCUGCAGUCAGCAAAAUGUGUUGUGAUUGGUUAAGGGUAAAGGGAUGGGGCUGCCACCACUUCUUGGCCACUAAAAGACUGUCAGACAUGCUUAAAAAGAAACCCUACAGCUCAAAGGAAAGGGAAUAAGGGGGACGGUAAAAAUAAAAGCCUGACUUAAGACUUUA